CGGCGAAGCGAGUCACACUCUUCCAUGGACUCCUCUCUGCUCUCGGCGGCUACGGCCGAUACCUUCAACGGCAAUGCGGCGGAUCAGAUUCCUCCUCCGUCGCAACCUCCGGGCACGGAUAUGACUGGAAUUUCCUUCAGGGAUCAGCUCUGGAUCAAUUCAUACCCUCUUGAUCGUAACUACAUCUUCGAUUACUUCGCUUUGUCUCCCUUCUACGAUACAACUUGCAACAAUGAGAUUCUUCGGAGAAGAUCCAUUCACCCUCUCGAUCUCUCUCACCUCUCGAAGAUGACAGGACUUGAGUAUAUGCUUACUGAUGCUACUGAACCAAACCUGUUUGUAUUCCGUAAGCAAAAGAGAGAUGGUCCUGAGAAAGUCACACCGAUGCUAACAUAUUAUAUCUUGGACGGUUCUAUAUACCAAGCUCCUCAGCUUUGUAGUGUCUUUGCAGCUCGAGUUAGUCGGACUAUUUAUAAUAUUUCAAAGGCUUUUUCUGAUGCUGCAUCGAAAUUGGAGACCAUUAGACAAGUUGAUACUGAAAACCAGAUCGAACCUUCUGAGUCGAAGCCUGCUAGUGAGCCAGUUGAUUUAAAGGAAAUGAAGCGAGUCGAUGUCAUUCUUACCUCAUUAUAUCGCAAGUUAGCGCCAGCACCUCCACCACCACCGUUUCCUGAAGGUUAUGUUAGCCAAGAAGCAUUAGGAGAAAAGGAAGAGCUUGGAACACAGGGAGGAGAGUCACAACCGCCUCAAAUUGAUCCUAUUAUUGAUCAAGGGCGUAAGCUGAUGGCGCCGCCACCACCUAUUCUCAUGUGUACACAGUGUGCAUGUUGCGCACCGGCUCCACCUGGUUCUUGCUGCCGUUGUGGCUGUUCCGGUGGUCCCUGAAGACUCUGACUUCUGCUAUCCAAUGUGCUAUUUAGAUUUGUUUAAAAUCUGUGUAAUCCUUAAUUCCUUAUAAUAUGUAUGAACAAGUAAACAAAAGGUGUAUUUUGUGUUUUGAAUAAUAAAACCUUUGGGUUCUGCUGAAUAAUUUUAAGUUUAUAAG